AUGUAUGGCACGCAAAUAGCUGAUCUCAGGCUAUACAAACAAGACGUUUCUUCUGGGAACACCGAUCCUCCUGAGUUGUUAUGGCUACUGUACGGUGAACAGAGUACUGAUCAGACGCACUGGAUACAGGGACAAGUUACCCUUAACGGAACAUUCACGCUUGAGUUUUGGGGCGUUGUUGGCAUAGGCUUCUACAGUGAUAUAGCGCUCGAUGAUAUAUUAGUUGUGCCGGGCACAUGUGAUGUUGCGCCUCCAGCGGCUGACCCAAAUCAAGCUGGUCAAGGGAUCUCGUGUUCCUUCGAUAGCACCAUCUGCGACUGGACUCAGGACGUCACUGACCAGUUCGACUGGACAUUAUUCAGUGGUUCCACACCUUCGCUAGAUACAGGACCGAGCGGUGACCACACAUCUGGGACAGGAGGGUACGUCUUCACAGAGGCUUCUGCGCCGAGAUUACCGGGGGACAUCGCCAUCCUCACCUCGUCCGAGAUGGCACCAACCGGCCCGUCUGGUGCAUGCUUUGCCUGGUGGUACCACAUGUUUGGCGGUACCAUGGGCACCUUCAAUGUGUACCAAGAAAACAAUGGUGCGAGAAACCAGCGAUGGUCUAGAACCGGAGAUCAGGCGAAUGAGUGGCUCAUCGCGCAGCUCUGGAUUAAUAGCACAGAACCAACGAAGAUUCUUUUUGAAGGCAUAGUGGGAACAUCUUGGGAAAGCGACAUCGCGAUUGAUGAUAUCACCUACUUAGAGGGACCCUGCCCUCCACCUGCAAUAUGUGACUUUUCAGACGACAUCUGUGAUUGGUCACAGGAGACAUUGUUGGAUGAUUUUGAUUGGCUGAUUGGAUCUGGAGCCGAUACACGUUACGGACCAUCUGGGACCAGCUCCCUACCGGACAAAACAUCGGGAGUCAUCGGAGGUGGAUAUGAGUUUAUAGAUCUAAAGGACUCCGCGUUGAACCCUGGGGAGUCAGCCAUGAUAAACAGCGCCCUCAGAUCACCACCAGACAGCGGCGCGGACUGUCUUGGUCUCUGGUACCACAUCGACGCCGUGGAUGUGGGUGCAAUCAACGUGUACCAGCUGACCAAUGGUACCUUGAGUGAUGUACUAUGGUCUAUUGAUGGUAACCGGGAUGACUAUUGGUGGUUUGCGGGUGUCACCAUGAUCAGUAGAACGGCUUACCAGGCUGUGAUAGAAGGGGUUGUCGGUACAGGUAGUCAAGGUGGUAUUACCAUUGAUGAGGUAGGAUUCACACCAGGACCCUGCAAUCCUCCAGGACACUGUAAUUUUGAGAAUGGGAUGUGUUCAUGGCAGAACAGAGGUGGUGAUAACCUAGACUGGGAGAGGACAUCGAGCUCAGCCAAUACUGAUGGGACUGGACCAGCAUAUGAUCACACCAUGGGGAAUGAUCUAGGAUUCUACAUGUUUGUUGAUACAGUUCCAGACCCAGUGGUCAUGUUCACUGGUGAUACAGCUGAUCUGUACAGUGAAGUAUUUGAUCCUGUGGAUGAGGCUUGCUUUACGUUCUGGUACCAUAUCAGAGGAACAGGUUCAGCAUCUUUGAUCGCCUCUUCACUCGACUUCGCUCCGCCCACGACCCACACUAACGUCCAGCUAUUUAACGACACCGGCGACCGAGGGGACGGUUGGCUGUACGGUCAGUUCAACGUGUCGUCGUUACUCGAAUACCAGAUCGUCAUCAGCGCCGUAAUCGACCCUCUAACAUGGGUGGGCGACAUCGCUAUCGACGACACGGCUUUGUUUCAAGGAACAUGUGGAGUACCUCGCCCUUGGUCGUGUACGUUCGAGGAUGGUUUGUGUAAGUACGAGCAGCUCGGCGACGAUGAGCUCGACUGGUCUUUCAAUCAAGGAUUAACACCGUCCGUGGAAACUGGGCCAUCGGCAGACCAUACAACUGGUCUUGUGACUGGCACCUACAUAUUCAUCGAGACAAGUAGCGGUGCACAGGGCGACGCUUCGCGCCUGCGCAGUUCGUUCGCACCGGCAGGCUCGUACUGUCUCGAAUUUUGGUAUCACAUGUAUGGCGCCACCAUCGGCUCACUCAAUAUUUACAUUCAAAACAACCAAUCAGCGGCGGGUCUACCUGUUUGGACCAGGACCGGGUCCCUUGGUAAUAGCUGGACCAGGGGAUCGGUUGGUGUGGUGGAUGUUUAUGAUUUCAGGGUGAUCUAUGAAGCUGUACGGGGAUCAUCAUUCACUGGCGAUAUAGCGCUCGAUGACCUUGAUCUUUAUGAAGGAGAGUGUGAAGCUGCUCAUGCGUGUGACUUCCAGUCACCUGACUUGUGCCAGUACAUUCAAGAUGAUACGGAUGAUUUUGAUUGGCUGUGGGGCGAUGGUAGUACGGAUACCGUCGGUACAGGCCCGGAUGUAGAUGCUACAUAUGGUACAGUUUAUGGAAAGUACAUGUAUAUUGAUGCAACUAACAAGACCCUUGGUGACACGGCCAGGCUGGUAGGACCUACCUUUACCCCCGAACCUUCCGGCGUGACUUGUUGGACAUUUUACUACAGCAUGUACGGACCAGAUGUGUAUACACUAGCAUUCAAGCUGCAAUCAGACCUCAACACACCUCUCUGGUCUACAGCUGGUAACCUAGGCAACGCGUGGUACGGUCAGCAGGUCACUGUUACGUCAUCCAUUCCAUAUCACCUGAUAUUUGAGGCGACCGUAGGGACUGGAGAGCUUGGCGAUAUCGCCAUAGACGAUGUUGAUUACAGGGAUGGCGUAUGCGAUGAUUCAGUUUCGUGUGAUUUUGAGACUGAUCUGUGUCUAUGGGGUAAUACACAGGAUGGAGACGAUUUCGAUUGGAUCCGACAGAGUGGGGCUUCCCCCACUACAGGCACUGGUCCUCUAGCGGAUCAUACAUUGGGCAAUAGAUAG